AUGGCCCAGGCCCUGGGGGAGGACCUGGUGCAGCCUGGUGAGCUGCAGGAUGACUCCAGCUCUUUGGGGUCUGACUCAGAGCUGAGUGGGCCCGGCCCAUAUCGCCAGGCUGACCGCUAUGGCUUCAUUGGGGGCAGCUCAGCAGAGCCAGGGCCAGGUCACCCUCCUGCAGACCUUAUCCGCCAGCGGGAGAUGAAGUGGGUAGAGAUGACCUCACACUGGGAGAAAACCAUGUCUCGGCGGUACAAGAAGGUAAAGAUGCAGUGCCGGAAAGGCAUCCCCUCGGCCCUGCGGGCCCGGUGCUGGCCCCUGUUGUGCGGGGCCCAUGUGUGUCAGCAGAACAGCCGUGACACUUAUCAGGAACUGGCUGAGGCCCCUGGGGACCCACAGUGGAUGGAGACCAUCGGCAGGGACCUGCACCGCCAGUUCCCUCUGCAUGAGAUGUUUGUGUCACCCCAGGGUCACGGGCAGCAGGGGCUCCUCCAGGUACUCAAGGCCUACACCCUAUAUCGGCCGGAACAGGGCUACUGCCAGGCCCAGGGCCCUGUGGCUGCCGUGCUGCUCAUGUAUCUGCCCCCAGAGGCUUGUGCCCGCCCCCAGGAGGCCUUCUGGUGCCUGGUACAGAUCUGCGAGGUUUACCUCCCUGGCUACUACGGGCCCCAUAUGGAGGGUGUACGGUUGGACGCCGAGGUGUUCACGGCCCUGCUGCGGCGGCUGCUCCCGCGUGUGCACAAGCACCUGCAGCAGGUGGGCGUUGGGCCCCUGCUCUACCUGCCCGAGUGGUUCCUGUGCCUCUUCGCCCGCUCCUUGCCCUUCCCCACGGUGCUGCGUGUCUGGGACGCUUUCCUUAGUGAGGGUGUGAAGGUGCUGUUCCGCGUGGGUCUGACACUGGUACGCCUGGCACUGGGCACCACUGAACAGCGCCUGGCCUGCCCGGGGCUCCUGGAGACGCUCGGCGCCCUUCGAGCCAUCCCGCCCACCCAGCUGCAGGAGGAGGUCUUCAUGCCCCAGGUGCACAGCGUGGCCCUGUCCGAACAGGACUUGCAGCGGGAGAUCAAGGCCCAGCUGGCCCAGCUGCCCGCGUCGGCAUCUGGGCCACCCCCGAGGCCGCAGGCCCGCCUGCCUGGGGCCCAAGCCAUCUUUGAGGCCCAGCAGCUGGCAGGAACCCGGGGAGCCACGAGGCCCGAGGUGCCCCGCAUCGUGGUUCAGCCCCCGGAGGAGCCCAGGCCGCCGCGGCGCAAGCCCCAGACCCGAGGCAAGACUUUCCACGGGCUGCUGACUCGGUCCAGGGCCCCCCGUAUCGAGAGCCCCGCCAGGUCCCAUCGAGGCUCCACCUCCUCCCUGGACACCCGAUUCUGAAGGUCCCACUUCUGAGGGUACCAGAGACUCAGGGUCCCCCAACCCCAAUUGCCUGAACGGUGGAUGCCAGCCUCCAAGUAGGCACCGCACUUUACAGCCGGGAUGGAUGCCUCAGCUUCUUUCCCGUGGACUAUGUCAGGAUCGAGGAUGAAGGAAGGUGAGAGAGUGAGGUUUUGAGGACCCAGGCCCAUCA